CAAGCAUCGAGCCCAAGCCCUGUAGCGUAGAAGCGACCCUUUUUAAUUAACGAUCACAGAAGGGAUGCCUAGCUUCACGUGCCGUUAUCGAAUUAAAGCCUCCUAGAUGUGCGCGUGCGUACAAAGAGCUGACUCGCUUGGAGGGCGGAGCCACUUGCAGUAAACAGCCCAGGGUGUCGUUUUCCCAGCUCACGGCAGGUGGCAGUAACGAAGCCUAUCAGUAACAGAACUACUUUUCCCAUAAUACAUUUCGUGGUUGCUUCCCUUCUCCGUGGAUUUGGAAAACUGUUCCCCUCAUUGACAUGGGUUGCCGUUAUUUGAAAAGGGUUGUACUUAUUUUGUCUGCUUGGUAUAGAAUGUGGAUCUGCUUUUGAUUCCGAUCGUUCUGUCUUUAUAUCAGCCACGUACAAGAUUUUGACUUCGCUGAAGAAACGCUUGCUACACAGACGAGGCCUGAGUAUUUGUGAGAAGCCCGGAGCUUUGGUGAUGGCGCUCACCGAAAACAAAGAGCCGUCUGACGGGGCGUUGGUGCUGGUGCAGCCGGGCGGCACUGUCGCUGUUUGUGAAUCGGCGAAGGAACAAAGAAAAAGGAAAAGAAAAGUGCUCGACGAGAACUCCUAUAUUGAAAGUUUGGAGAAGAUUAUUCAGAGGGACUUUUACCCCGAUGUUGCAAAACUGCGGACUCAAAAGGAAUAUUUAGAGGCAGAGGAGCAUGGGGACCUGGAAAAGAUGCGAGAAAUUGCAAUCAAAUUUGGUUCAUCCCUUGGCAAAGCUUCUGUACGUUCUUCUGCACCAUACGUCACACCAGCUACAUUUGAAACUCCAGAGAGUCACCUAGCGUCCCCAGCGUUAAAUGUAAGACGUGGAACGAAACUGCUUGAAGAAGUAGAUAAAGAGGGGGAAACAGAUGAAGAAAAACAGUUUCCCUCAUUAGACUCCUUCUUAGCUCACAACACAAGUGAAGACAACGCCUCCUUUGAGCAAAUCCUGGAAAUUGCGAAGGAUAAGGAGAAAACGAGACAUUCAUGGUUGUAUGAAGCAGAAGCAGAGUACAAACAGAGACAUGAUGAUAAUCUAGCAUUACCAUCAGCUGAAAAACAAGCAAUUGAGUUUAGAAAGGCAGGUAUUGAGACGUGGGAGUAUAAAGCAAAAAAUGCCUUGAUGUAUUAUCCUGAAGGUGUUAAGGAUGAAGAGAACAUUUUCAAGAAACCACGUAUAGUUCUGCACAAAAAUACACGAUUUCAGACGGACCCUUUUAGCAAAGCCUUAAGUAAAUCCCAGCUGCAACAAGCUGCAGCUCUUAAUGCCCAGUUUAAACAGGGCAAGGUUGGACCAGAUGGUAAAGAACUCAUUCCUCAGGAAUCUCCCAAAGUCAAUGGAUAUGGAUUUGUAGCAACACCGUCACCUGCACCAGGUGUGACGGACUCUCCUCUGAUGACCUGGGGUGAGAUAGAAAGCACCCCCUUCCGACUGGAUGGCUCAGACACACCAUACGUUGAUCGAACUCCUGGUCCAUCUUUCAAGAUACCUGAACCAGGCCGCCGAGAGAGGCUGGGACUGAAAAUGGCUAAUGAAGCUGCUGCCAAAAACAGAGCCAAAAAACAAGAAGCACUUCGCAAAGUCACAGAAAACUUAGCAAGUCUUACACCUAAAGGGUUAAGUCCGGCUCUGUCCCCAGCACUGCAGAGACUCGUGAACAGGACGGCCAGUAAAUAUACAGACAAAGCCUUGAGAGCGAGCUACACUCCUUCUCCUGCGCACACACCUUGCAAAACCCCAGCAGCGGGCUUACAGACUCCAAGAGGCACGCCGACGCCACAUGGCAGUGACCCAGCAGCCAGCACGCCAGAUCCUGCUUCCAUCACCGAUAAUCUGCUGCAGCUUCCUAAAAGGAAAAAGGCCUCGGAUUUCUUUUAACUUAUUAUUGAUAAGGGAUUUCAGUUCAAAUUCAGAAUGACCCCAUUUGUUCAUUCUGUAGGAAGAAAGAAGGGACUCCUCAUGGGACACGCAGAAUGUAUACUGGUGACAGUCUGUUGUGACAACAACAA